UUCAUCCCGUCUCCAGGUUUUCAGGGUGGCAACCGAGGCGACGCUCUCUCGCUCUGCAAUCUCAUUGGUUGGCCACCCGCUCGUCACUCCCCCAUCCGUCGGAAGUGCGGUCUCCUCUGCGUCUCCCUUCAGUCUGAACCCGCCUGCGAGCUCGCGCCGUCGGCCUCUGCUCGGUUUGUCAAGCAGAAGCGCGGGUUGGUGGAGCGGAGAUCUGGCCUCGGAUUAUGCUGCCAAUCCAACCGACCAGAAGGAUGUGGGAUUCAGCUGCUCUCCUGCUUUUUAAAAGCCAAGCUCAGGAACGAGCACUUCUGUGUUUUAGUCGCCGGGGUUGAGCGUAUGUGGGACAGUAGCGAGUCUAACAGCCUUCAGACAAAAGACGGCUGCGAAGUAAUAUUCACGAAUAAAAAGGGUCGUUGUCUCCAUUCUAUGGAAAAAGUGGGCAAGAUGUGGGGUAACCUCAGGAGUCGAUGCCAAGCCCUCUUCCACAACGAUGGCUCAGAGUCCCAUCUGUGUAGCCAGGAUUUAGAUUGCGUCCACUGUGUGGUGGACUUGGGCAGGGGAGCACAUGCAGAACUCUAUGAAACUAGGUCUUUCACACCCUCGCAGACCUUGUCACCACUCCCACUGGUUCCUGUAGGACGCAGAGGCCAUAACUGUGUGGCAGAUAUUCCCCAGAUAGUAGAAAUCUCCAUUGACAAAGAGAGCGAGGAUGCACGGAGGGGUCCCCAUGUCCGUAGGGACUCCUACUCGCGUCAUGCUCCCUGGGGAGGUAAAAAGAAGCAUUCUUGCUCAACUAAAACACAAAGUUCACUUGAGGCUGACAGGCGAACGGGGCGCUCAAGAGGAAGUACAGCUAGGAGGGAGCGUCGCUAUGGAGUUAGCUCUAUCCAAGAGAUUAAUGAUUCCGUAGGAGCUGGCAGCAGUGGGCGCAGCCUUAGCACCCGUUCUCUACGACAGCGACUUCGGGACACUGUAGGCUUGUGCCUUCCUCUCCCCACACAACGCCGCUCUCAGUCAGCCAAAGGCCAGGUGUCCUCCAAACGUAAGAUCCACCUUACUGAACUCAUGCUCGAAACGUGCCCUUUCCCACCCGGUUCAGAUCUGGCCAACAAGUGGCACCUAAUUAAGCAACAUACGGCGCCAGUCAGCCCUCAUUCCUCAACUGCUCUUUUGGAUGCAUUUGAUUCAGCACAUCCAUCCCCUGAAGACGAAGAGGAGAGGCUGCGGGAACGCCGUAGACUUAGCAUAGAGGAAGGAGUGGAUCCCCCUCCAAAUGCACAGAUCCAUACGCUGGAAGCAACUUCACAGAACUCUUCCCUCUAUAAACUGGGACCAAAGAUGGCUCCUGGUGUUGGGGAAGGACUUAGUGAGGGCAGAAGUCUGGGAACAAUCUCCACUAUUUCUGGGGGAUUAUCGGGACUUGCUGCACAGGUUGCAGCGAAUAUGGCAGUGCCAUCCCACACUGUUGACUGUGACUCUGAGGAGGAUUCAACUACUCUUUGCUUACAGACACGGAGGCCUAAGCAGAGGCAUGCUUCUGGGGACACUCACUGCUCCAGACAGCCGGGGCCUUGGAAGGUCCACACGCAGAUUGACUAUAUUCAUUGUUUGGUGCCUGACCUACAGGCCAUAACUGCACUUCCUUGUUAUUGGGGGGUGAUGGACCGGUAUCAAGCAGAAGCACUGCUGGACGGACGACCAGAGGGCACCUUCCUGUUACGUGAUUCUGCACAGGAGGACUACUUGUUUUCCGUUAGCUUUCGACGUUACAAUCGUUCACUGCAUGCACGCAUUGAACAAUGGAAUCAUAACUUUAGCUUUGAUGCGCAUGACCCCUGUGUCUUCCACUCUUCCACAGUAACAGGCCUGCUGGAGCAUUAUAAAGACCCCAGUGCCUGUAUGUUCUUUGAGCCCCUGCUCACUGCUCCCUUACACCGGACUUUCCCUUUCAGCCUUCAGCACCUGGCACGAGCUGCCAUCUGCAGACACACCACCUACGAUGGCAUUGGUGCCCUGCCACUGCCUCCAACCAUGCAGGACUUCCUGAAGGAGUAUCAUUACAAACAGAAAGUCCGUGUGCGCUGGCUAGAGAGAGAGACACCACUCAAGGUCAAAUAAGGUCUGGCUCUGCUCCCAAGAGAGGCAGGAUUGUGGGCAAGAGCUUUGCCGCCAGAGGAGUAUGUGGCUCAUAUUAUCCAUCAUACUGUUGGCUUUAGAUACACGGCAACAGAGGAUGCUAUGAACUUCCAGCUGUUUUUUUUUCCGGUUAAUACUACACAUGGAAUCCAUACAUAUGUUUCAGUGCAGUACAUUCUGUCAAGCUAGCUUAACCGCUGAAGUGUCGAGCAUGUUGGGAAUGAGAUGGUCUUAUUCUCUGCUCUUUUCCUAAGACCUUAUAUCCUUUGGAUCUCCACUAGCCUGCCCGCAUGCCCCUUGCAUUCUAUCUUCUAGUGUUUUACACUAUUUUGAGUAGUAAAACUGGGUGUUGUCACAUUAACUAGCCUCAUUUGUCAGGCAAAUGGAUCAACAGAAGCUUAGUCCAGUGAUUAAAAUAUAUUUAAGUAAUCUUGGAAGUAUUCAUACCUGAAUAUCUUCUACUCUAAAAAUGUGAUGUUAAAUAUCUAGUCACGUAAACUAUAUGCCUAUUUGCUAAGUCAUGGCUAAUGUAUCAGCAAUACCUUCAAGAUACUUUACAGUGACCUCCUACAAGUGUCAAGUUCCCUGAGGCAGCACUUGUUAAGCCUUGUGUACAUGGACAGGAUCACAGUUAUACACGCACCUCUCAGCACUAAGCAUGCUUUAUUUUUAAAAUCGAGGCAGACAGAAGUGAAAGGCAUGAAUUAAUUGCGGGGAGGAGGGAGCACAGUGCACCAUGUGCCAUAUGAUAGAGAGGACGGAUUAUUUAAAACUAGGCCCUCAUGUAGUUUCAUAUCCCAGCAUAAUACUUGUUUUAAACAAUCUAUUUUACAAUUUUCUAUUUUUAUCAGUGACAGUCUAAAAUGACAUAUGGCACUUUAAUUGUCGUUUGUGUACCGCACAAUGACUUAUAGACUCAAGUACAUGCAUAUAAACAGAUUGUAUUGUUUGUCUGUGUGUUUUUAUGGACCUUAUUCAUAGGAUGUCAAUUUAUCCCCCAUAUUCUUCGCAUGAGUCACCCGAAGUGUGUUAGUGUCAAGUGUCUCAUACCUUGCCUGUGCAUAUGGUUUGUACUCUAGGCUAAUAUGGUUAUAUAUGCAACAGCCGAAAUUGGACAGAGAAAGUCCUCUGUAAAACUUGUAUAGAUACCUCAAAGAUUUUCACUUUAGAUAUUGUUGGAAACCAGACAGAUGCCAUCACUGUGUAUAUAUUUAAUGUUUAUUGGAUUGAUGUCCAGUAAUGUUAUAAAGUGUGAUUUGUUCCACUUGAUAAUGUUGCACUUAUAUUCAUUAUGAAGCAUGCAGCUAUGCUUCUUUCAUCAUAAUUGUGUGCACUAGGGUUUGAGAUUCCCUCGACACUGUAAAGAUAUAGUUUUGAUGUGCUUGCACAAAAAAAAAAUCAAAGUCAACAAAAUCACGCUAAUAUGUUUAAUAUCAGAUGUUCAGUAUUGCAAUGGUAGGCUUUCAAGGUCCAAGCAAAUCUCAAACCAUGCAUAAUAUGUAAAACUGGUACAAUUCGCAGUAUUGGGUGUUUGAUUAUCAGCGACCAAAGGUGUGCAUCUCUAGUUUGUUAUUGUGAAUAAGAAAUCUUCCACCAUGUCUUUAGAUUUUUUUUAUAUUGAGCUCAAUGACUUAAUUAUAGUGUCCGGUUUUCUAGCAGAGUAGCACCCAUUUUGAAACCAUUUAUUUGAACUGCAAUUAAAUCCGCAAUUAAACUCUUUCAAAAUACACAUCGUUGUCACUGAAAGGAAGUCAUUUAUUUUUUAUUUAUUUUAUUUUUUUUAACUCCUAUUUUUCCACUUGAAUUACCUGAAUAAAUACGCAAAACAACCAUCUUAAAAUUUCUUCCACCCUGCACACUGCAUGCUCUGUAUACAGGCUCACAUUGUCAACUGUGUAGUGGUACACGUCAGAUGAUGUCAUCUGCUUUCAAGACUUCAGAGAAUAAUAUGCCUUUCAUUGAAUUUACAGACAAAAUUGGAGCGCUUGGUCACAGCAGGCAGUUUCAUGACCUCUUCACGAUCCAUACAUGCUGUAAAGAAAACUAGCCUGGUUUUAGUUGGUCUUCCUGGGUUUAGGCUGGGAGGCCAGAUAGACCAAUUGAAGACCAGCUUAUUCUGGUUUAAGUUUAUUUUAUUUUAAUAGUUAAAUUUGACAACUAUUAUGUGUAGUCCAUUUUUUGUGUUGUCAAUGUUUUAAAAAAGUACCACGGUUUUUAAGAUAUGGUAACAUAGUAUUUCCAUGGGAUUUGGACAUGUUCCAUCAUAGUGCCAUGUUUUUAGAACAUGUACCGUGGUACUUCUAUGAUAUCACUGUAACCUGGUACCACCGUACGUUUUUGUAAAGAAAUGCACAUAAUGCUAACCCGAGGAAAUGUUUCCACUAUAGCAAAAUCUCAACGAUGCUGAAGGCAUUCAGCAGAAAUUCGUAAAGCUCUUUCCCGUUUCAGGAACGAGUUCAGAUGAUUUAAGCCGCUGCAUUUAUGACAGAAAGCUUCAUUUUCAAGGGUGUUGGUUCGAGGGCUGUUAAACGCUUAGUGAUAGCCUGGUCCUCACCAAAUCCUUUGGAUUUUUUUUAAACCCUGAGGCAUAGUCAUGCAGUCAUUUGGGACUUUGUAUGCCACUGCACAGUGAGUGAGUCUCUCCUGGCAGUGUUAGACCCUGCCCUGCCUUACAGGCACUAAUCACAGGCUACAUUUAAUGUGCUAGCCUCUAAAUGUACCACCUGCUAAAAGGACCACUCUGUGUUUCAUGAUGGGUACUAUGAAAAUAGACAAGAGAGGGACUUUUUGCUCAAAUUUUUCCUCUUCCUCUCCGAUCUGACCACAUCCUCAGCAUCACCCUCUUUCUUGGAUAUGUAGUGCUGAAAGCAGUGAGCGUGUUUGUCUAGUCUGGAUACUAGCUAAAGUUAGCAUUAGCAAGAAACUAACACACACAGUGCUCCAUUGAGGAACAUUGAGUGCUGCGAGGAAUGGGGCUGUGUUUGAAUACGCAGUUGUUAUUUAGUUAAUAGUUUAGAAAAAGUAUUACGAGGGAAGUAACACACCAAACUAAUCCAACACAGUGUUCUCCAGUAACUCAG